GUUCUAGCCAUUUCUGCUCUAACCAGUCUGUAUCAUACACUUAUGACCCUCACAUACCCGAUGAACGUGUUAAAUGGAGAGAAUCCAUGACUAUGUGCAAUAAACUCCAUGACGGAUGUCUUGCUCGAGUAUGGAAUAAUAACACAUUUACACAACUACACGAAAUGCUAUACAAGAAUUCCAUGGAAAACAACACAGAAAAAUAUUGGGUUGGAAUUCAGUACCGACGAUCCGCAGUUUUUAAGCCUUUUGAUAGAUUUUGGUGGGGUAACGGACAAAGAGUCUCAUCUGUAGAAUUUCUGCUAAAAAUUGUGGAUCUCUCAAGCGUUUUUCCAUCUGGAAACCGUCGUUGUAUUGCAAUUACAAGAGAGGAUAAACUAAAACCUAUGAACUGUAAUAUCAAGUUAAGUUAUGUAUGCCAGACAGUGGCUAACGCGACAACAUCACCCCCUUCGGUAACUAGCACAACAUCUCCUUCAACUGAAUCAGCAGCAACCACAACAUCUCAAACAACUGCUAGUACAGCAAAAGUUACAUCUAUACCCACUUCUAGUGCAACAGAAGUAACAUCCAAACCAGCUUUGAGUACAACAAAAGCUACAGAGAAUUCCAAACCAUCCGAAGCAAGCGCAACUACUCGAGCAGAAGAAAAUAAUCCGACAACAGCAAUUAGCACAAAGCCAUCAGCUAUUACACCUCGCCCACUAACUGGGACAGAUGAGAAGGUAGAGUGCUUGAUAAGAAUGAUAACGAUAAUAAAAAAGAUGAUUAUGGUGGAAGGGAUGUGA